AUGCUUGAACAUGCUUGUAAGUGGGACAGCUGUCGUGAAAAGUUCAAUUCAGUUGCUUCUCUUUGGGAACACGUAGAGCGCCACAUUGAUAAUGCAGAGCCAAGAAUGAUACACUUCGUGAACGAUGAUGACACAUUAGACACGCCGCAAGCAAAGAUCGCGACAUCUUCAGUUCCGACCACUUUAGCCGAAAAGACUCGAGGACCUUUCCAAUCAACCUCUCUUCAUAAUGCAAGUGCUCCAACAAACGUAGACAAUCAUUCCGCACAAAUUACUAGUAUCCAACAAAGUACGAUACAAUUUUCACAUCAAACAUUAGGCAAUUCAUAUUUAGUAAAUCAAGCCGGCCAAGUUGCGUUCAAUCCUCUCGGAUUACAGCAAAUAAUCAGGCCAGGGCCACAAGGCGUAACACAGGGCGUUCAGCCGGUAAAUUUUGUACAACCAGUACAACAACCAUAUAUUAUAACAGCAACACCUCAAAUUAUGAUGAGACCUACACCAAUUUAUGGGCUGCAGCAUUAUCAACCAACUAUUAAUCUGCAGGGGGUUAAUGCACCUCAACUGACAUCUAUACAACCACAGCCUUCUGGAACACGGCCGAUUGCAAUUGGAAACACAUCUAAUUCAAUACCAACUACUGAUGAUAAUGCUUCAAGAGUUGGGGGACCAAAUCGGAUAUCUGCACCUCAAUCUUUGCAAAUUACUAGUCGUAAUCCACCGGCAGUUCAAAGAGAUCCCCAGUAA